CACAGCUGUUACAUAACCCGCCUGUAGCGCUGCAGCCUCCUCCUCCUCCUCCUCCGCUGCUGCUCCAUCUCCUCAACAUGGCAGCGCCGAAGAAAGUCUGCAUCGUGGGCUCUGGAAACUGGGGAUCUGCCAUCGCCAAAAUUGUGGGCGCCAAUGCUGCUAAAAACCCAAACUUUGACAAUGAAGUGAAAAUGUGGGUGUUUGAGGAGCAGGUGAACGGCAGGAACCUGACUGAGAUUAUCAACACCAGCCAUGAAAACGUGAAGUAUCUUCCUGGACAUCAGCUACCAACAAAUGUGGUGGCCGUGCCUGACCUGGUGGAGGCUUCCAAGGAUGCAGACAUUCUGGUGUUCGUGAUCCCACACCAGUUUAUAGGCAAAGUGUGUGACACCAUAAAGGGCAAGAUUAAGAGUGACGCUCUGGGGAUGUCCCUCAUCAAGGGUGUAGACGAGGGUCCCGAUGGACUCAAACUCAUCUCAGAUGUGAUCCAGGAGAAGCUUGGCAUCACAAUGAGUGUGCUGAUGGGGGCCAACAUCGCCAAUGAGGUUGCUGAUGAGAAGUUCUGUGAAACAACCAUUGGCUGUAAGAAUAAAAAUCAUGGCGCCCUCCUGAAGGAGCUGAUGCAAACAGACAACUUCAGAGUUACUGUCGUAGAAGAGUGUGACGUGGUGGAAAUCUGCGGAGCCCUGAAGAACAUUGUUGCAGUCGGCGCAGGUUUCUGCGACGGCCUGGGCUUUGGGGACAACACGAAGGCAGCGGUGAUCAGGCUGGGCCUGAUGGAGAUGAUUGCCUUCGCCCGCAUCUUCUGUACCGCCGGGCCGGUGUCCUCCGCCACGUUCCUGGAGAGCUGCGGCGUGGCCGACCUCAUCACAACCUGCUACGGCGGACGCAACCGCAAAGUGGCCGAAGCUUUUGUGAAGACCGGGAAGUCCAUCGAGGAUCUGGAGAAAGAAAUGCUGAAUGGUCAGAAGCUGCAGGGGCCAGCGACGGCAGCUGAGGUUUAUCUCAUCCUCAAGCACAAAAACCUGGUUGACAAGUUCCCUCUGUUCAACGCCGUCUACCAGAUCUGCUACCAGGGCCACCCGGUGGCAGAGUUCAUCAGCUGUUUGCAGAACCACCCAGAGCACAUGUGAAGAACAGAAAUCAGCUCCGAGUGCCUUCUUCAUGGGGAACAUGACCACUUUCUUGCUUUUGUCCCACAGUAACGGGUUGACGCAUCACUCCAGCCACCGUGCGCUCACAGCCCCACGGUGGAGCCGUGUUCAGAGUGUUGAGCUCCACUUCAGUUCUUGUUUUAGAUAUGUACCAAAACUUGAAUAUUUUCUUUUAGAUAAUUAUAAACUUUUUUUUUUUUUUUUUAAAGUGCCACGUGAUAUCUGAGUGGAUGGUUUUUAAUUCAACACUAUAUCGCAGUUGAUUCAUUUGGAAAGAAAUUAAACUAAUCUUGGUAGAUUUAUUCUUGGAGCAUUGCUUUUACCGUCCUAAGAACCAUGUUCAUGCGUUAUUUAAAUGUAAUACCUUAUUGUCUCUGUAUUGACAUGUCCUGCCUGUACUGUGAACAUCCUGUUAAAACGCACAGCACCAGAUUUUAACGUGAAGCUAAUGUGCCUUAAACUGCAUGGAGGCCAAGUUUUUGUCUCCUCCCACCUUCCAUCUCUUUGUAACAUGGUUUUAUUGACGUGGUGUAAAUCACUGAGGAAAUCGCAGCAUUUCUUUUGUUUCGAGGGCAACCAGCGCGAGUUCCCAGCUUCAUUCCUAAGAACCAGAUCGGAAAUUAACUUUGAGUUAUAAUUAAAGUUGUCUGUAAUGAAAACAAAACGGCUACUCGAGGCAGCUAAUACCCAUUUACUCUUGACUUUAAUAUUGUACAACACAUCCAAGAAGCUGCAGAUCCUGCCCUCGCUGCUCUGAUGUUUACAUCUCCAACCAUGAUGGCUACACUGCUGGAGAACGUCGCAUGGGGUUAACCUUCCAAUCAAUCACUUCAUUUAGCCUUUUAUUGGUCUGAUCAAGUUGUUACUCAAAGCUAAUGUGGGAAGUUAUUUGAAUAAAUGCAUUCUGGUGAGAAA